AUGACCUGGUCCCGCGACCUGAACGCCAGAGGCGUUGAGAUCCUCGCGCGCGAGGCGCUGAAGGACCGCGCGGCCACCGCCGACGCCGCCGCGCUCGGGGCAGGGUGGAGCCGCGAGCUGAACGCGAAGGGGGCCGAGCUGCUCGAACGCGAGGCUGGCGGACGCGGCCCCGAGGCCGAGCCGAGGCCCACCGCCUCCGCCGCCACCCGCUGGCUUCGCUCGUGGCUGUGCUCGCCCGCCUCGAGGGGGCAGGGUGUGGACGAGGUCGCCGAAGAGCACCGCAACGCGUCGCGUGCACGGGAGCUUGGCGCCGGCUGGUCUCGCGGGCUCAACGCGCACGGCCUCCAGCUCCUGGGCGAGGGCGAGUUCGCGCAGUACUGCGACGCGAUCACCGCUGUUCCGCCGGGCGCAGUGUGGUCGAGGGAGCUCAAUUCGAGGGCGGCCGAGCUCGAUGACCCCAUCACGCGGCACUACGACGCCGCCACGAGCUCGUGCCCCAGCACCUGGUCGAGGAACUUGAACGCGAAGGCGUUGGAGGCGGUCGCGACCGAGACUGUGGAGGGGCACUUCGACGCGGUCACCAGAGCGCCUCCAGGGUCGACGUGGUCGCGGGAGUUGAACGUGAAGGCCCUGCGGGCCGUGGGCGCCUCGACCUGUGAUGGCCAGGCGGGGAUGUGGCUUCGCGAGUUGCACCUGAAGGGCCCGGAGAUGGAGGAGGACCGUGCUGCGCGGUGCAUAUGGAAGCACUACGAUGCGAUCACCGCAGUGCCUGCCACCCCCACGACGUGGUCCAGGGGUGUCAAUGCAAGCGCACUUGCUCAGAUAGAGGCCGCGGGCGCGAUGGAACCCAUCCAGAAGCAUUACGACGCCAUCACAGCAGCCUCCGCGGGGGCCUCGUGGUGCAGGGUUCUAAAUGCAGCUCCGAUCGACAUCGCAGGCAAGACGCUGGCUGAAGCCCAGCACGAUACUGUCACAAGGAGUUGCUCGGGAGCGUGGUCCAAGGACCUCAACAAGAAGGCGACGGACGCGCAUUUUUUGGCGUCCUUCGAGAAGCACUGCGACGCCAUCACGAUCGUGCCGGCUGCCUGGUCCAGGGGCCUGAACGCCAAGGUCAUGGAGGCGGAUGCGCAGAGGUCCCUCGAGAGGCACUACGACAACGUCACCAGGGCCGCGACAGGGGUGUCCUGGCGCAGGGAGCUGAGCCUGCUCGCAGCGGAGGCCCCGGACGAGCAGGAGGAGCCUGGCGGCGCGGGGCCCCUCCGCCAGGAUGCGCUGCCGCCGGACUCGAAGCCUUGCGGGCGCGGGCGCCUGGACAGCGACGUGAGCACGGCCGCCUCGAUGUCGCGGCAGGGCACCGAGCGGACGCUGUCGUGGGCCGAUGACGACUUCGAGGACGACCUCUCGUACAAGGCCGCCGCGGGCGGCGCGUGGGGCCUGAGGGCGAGGUGCCAGUCGAUCCCAGAGGGGCACUGGGAGCUGCACGAGGCCUGA